GUCGCUGUCUGGCUCGUCCUUGCUCUGUUUCGUAUCUCCUGCAGCAGAUCUCUCUUUGUCCUCUCUCCUUCAAAUCACUAUGGCACAGCAGGAGGCUAGCACUUCCCCUGGCGCAGAGGUUGUUGGCCGUGCCUUUGUGGAGCAAUACUAUCACAUUCUCCACCAAUCUCCCGGUUUAGUUCAUCGGUUCUAUCAAGAUUCCAGCUUGUUAACCAGACCAGAUGCAACCGGUGCUGUGACUACUGUCACAACUAUGCAAGCGAUCAAUGAGAAGAUUCUGUCAUUGAACUAUGAAGGCUACACGGCUGAGAUAGAAACUGCUGAUGCUCAGGAGUCUCAUGAGAGAGGAGUCAUUGUGCUGGUGACAGGACGUUUAACCGGGAAGGAUAAUGUGAGGAAGAAGUUUAGUCAGACUUUCUUCUUGGCUCCACAAGACAAGGGAUACUUUGUCUUAAACGAUGUGUUUAGGUUCCUUGAGGAAAAAGAGGUGACAACACAAGCUAGAUCUGUCGACAUCAAUGGAACAACCAGGGAUGUUCAGGCACCUGUGGAACCAGAACGUGUUGUUGUUAGUCACGAGGCUGAGGUGGAGCCGGAGCCUGUUGCUUCUAUUGAGGAGGAAGAUCUUGACAAUGUGGCGGAGGUGUAUGAUCCUUCUGAUAAAGAUGAAGGUGUUGUUGUUGACGCUGAGCCUAUCGAACCACCAGCUCAGAUAAGUCAAAAUGAAACUCUAUCAGUACCUCAAGGAGAUGCUCCUAAGCAUUCAUAUGCUUCCAUCCUCAAACUGAUGAAAAGCGGUCCAGCACCAACACAAGUUGCUAGGAACAAACCAAGAGCAGCUCCUGUCAGUGCCAAAUCGAAGCCAACUGCUCCUCCUGCUGAGUCUGCAGCAGCACCUGAUGCUUCAGGUCUCGAGAAUGUUCCAAACAGUAACAAUGUUGAUGUGGAAGAUGAUGGUCAUUCGAUUUAUGUUCGAAACUUACCUUUUGACACUACACCAACACAACUUGAAGAGGUGUUCAAGAGCUUUGGUCCUAUCAAGCAUGAGGGGAUUCAAGUCAGAAGCAAUAAGCAAGGUUUCUGUUUUGGUUUUGUGGAGUUUGAAACGGCUAGCGGCAAGCAGAGUGCGCUUGAGGCCUCACCGGUUACAAUUGGUGAUCGUCAAGCUGUUUUAGAGGAGAAGAAAACAAACAGUCGAGGAGGAGGCAACAAUGGAGGUGGAAGAGGUAGGUACUUUGGGGGAAGAGGAAGCUUCAGAAACGAGAGUUUCAAAGGAGGACGUGGUGGUGGAGGAGGAAGAGGUGGCUAUGGAAGAGGAGGUGAGUUUUCCGGUAGACCAAGGAGUUCAAAUCCUCGGAACAGUGGAGAAGGUUACCAAAGGGCUCCUCAAAAUGGAGGCAGUGGAAGAGGAAGCGGAGGAGGAGGACGUGGUGGGCCUCGCGGUGGUGCUUCAUCUUAACUUUGCAUCUAAUGGCGCCUCCAUAAGAGAGAAUAGUUGUUAAUUUUUGUUUUGCACGUUUCCUAUUCUUUUUGUUUGCCUUUACUUGAGUUGAGUUUGAUGUGGCUUAGUCGUAUUGGUUUUCCUUUCAUCCUUUCUUUUAAGUCUUCUUUGGAACCUUUCUUCAAAAACAUUCAGUUUCAUAAAAGUCCAUUAUAAAGUUGUGUUCUAG